AUGCAUUAUACCAUGAAUGUUCUUGGGGUCAAGUGGGUCUCGGAUAAUACCUAUGCGAUUACAAUUAAUGUCAAAGGCGCUGAAAGCAUUGACAUCAAAUACUUGUGGUCGCUAAAGAUUAUUGGCAUUAAUGGUCCUCAAGGAACUUAUCAGCUUUAUGGCUUCAAUGAAAACAAAUUUUUGAUCAAUAACCCCACGGACUACACUGUUACAUUUGAGGUUUAUGGCCAGCCAUCUGAAAAAGAUUCAUGCAAAGUUUUGAUGCCGAGUUUCCAAAUUCAGUACGAGUAUUAUGAUGGAGAUUCAAAAAGCGGUGGUGGUUGGAAAUGGGGAGCACAGAAGUUUGAUUUGAUGACAGGUUGCAACGCUGACAACAAUAAUAACUCUAAUGCCGACUUCCCAAUAUGGUACUGGACAAAAGAGUGUGGGAAUUGUGGUUCUAGUAGCUCAAGUUCAUCUACUGUUUCAAGCUCGUCAGUAAGUUCUUCGAGUAAGUGGUCUCCACCACCAAGCUCAUCUUCAUCUACUGUUUCAAGCUCGUCGGUGACUUCAAGUAAGUGGUCUCCACCACCAAGUUCAAGUUCAUCUACUGUUCCAAGCUCGUCAGUAAGUUCUUCGAGUAAGUGGUCUUCACCACCAAGUUCAAGUUCAUCUACUGUUCCAAGCUCGUCAGUAAGUUCUUCGAGUAAGUGGUCUCCACCACCAAGUUCAAGUUCAUCUACUGUUCCAAGCUCGUCAGUAAGUUCUUCGAGUAAGUGGUCUCCACCACCAAGUUCAUCUUCAUCUACAGUUUCAAGCUCGUCGGUGACUUCAAGCUCUUCAUCAGCAUCUUCAAGCCCAUCUUCAACUACAGUUUCAAGCUCGUCGGUGACUUCAAGUAAGUGGUCUCCACCACCAAGCUCAAGUUCAUCUACUGUUUCAAGCUCGUCAGUAAGUUCUUCGAGUAAGUGGUCUCCACCACCAAGUUCAAGUUCAUCUACUGUUCCAAGCUCGUCAGUAAGUUCUUCGAGUAAGUGGUCUCCACCACCAAGUUCAUCUUCAUCUACUGUUCCAAGCUCGUCAGUAAGUUCUUCGAGUAAGUGGUCUCCACCACCAAGUUCAUCUUCAUCUACAGUUUCAAGCUCGUCGGUGACUUCAAGCUCUUCAUCAGCAUCUUCAAGCCCAUCUUCAACUACAGUUUCAAGCUCGUCAGUCACCUCCUCCAGCUCUUCAUCUAGUGUUUCAAGCUCACACUCACCUGCUCCUAGCUCAUCUUCAAGCUCUACGGUACCAAGCUCCUCAGUAAUAUCGUCCAGUUCCUGGUCAAUGCCACCAAGCUCCUUUGCAAAUUCUUCAAGUUCUGCACCUCCAUCGUCAACAUCGAGUUCCUCGGUAACACUGUCAAGCUCUUCAGUGAUGUCUUCAAGUUCGUUCUCCACAUCGGCUAGUACCACCUCAAAUUCUGCAAUGCCAUCAAGUAGUAGCGCUGGAUACAUUUCCUCGACUACUGUUGCACCCACUUUCACAACAAUCACUACUACCAAGAAUGGCACCGUCACGGAAUAUACUACUACUUGUCCAAUCUCGACUCCUGUGGUAUCAUCUUUGACAACGAUUAUGACUACAGUGAGUGGUUCGCAGACCAUCUAUACCACUACUUGUCCAGUGUCGACCCCUGCGCAGCCCACUUUGACAACGAUUACAGCUACAGAAAAUGGCAAAGUGAUAACCUAUACUACUACUUGUCCAAUCUCGACUCCUGUGGGAUCCUCUUUGACAACAGUUACAACCACAGUGAGCGGCUCGCAGACCAUCUAUACCACCACUUGUCCCGUGCCCACCCCCGCUGGACCUUCUUUGACAACGGUUACAACCACAAAAAGCGGCCAAGUCGUGAUCUACACCACUACCUGCCCAUUGACCGCGUUGCCCUCAUCCGCUACCACAAUUGUAUCGCAAUCAACUGCGCCAACCGCAACUUUCACAUCUGUCUUGACCACGCAGAACGGCCAACCAGCAAGUACUACUCCUACACAUUCAUACCCCGAAACCACCGUUGCCUCGUUCAUACCACCUGCGGUCUCUGGCAUCAACAGCCAACCAGUUUCCGCCGCUGUAACGUCGUCUGUGAUAGCUCGCAUUCCAGAGUCUAGAACUACUUCCACUCUUACGUCCGCUGCUGGACCUGCAGCCACUUCACAGGCUACUCUUGCUCCACAACUCACCACAUCUGCUUCAUCUGGGCCGGUGAACGUCCCUUCCACCUCUCCAGUCUUAUCCGCUUACCAAGGCAUGGCUAAUACUCUAGGCGCCGGUCUCACGGGUCUCGUUUGUUUAUUAAAUGUUAUGAUCAUCUAA